AUGAGCCCGACCAGCCCGGCCAGUUCCCGCCACGGGAACGGCGGCCCCAAGCGCAAGCGCAGCACCGGCGUCGCUCCCGUCGAGAGCAGCCCCGGCAGCUUCAUGGACGAAGACCAUGCCGACCACGGCGAGCACGGCGACCAUGGCGACAGCGACAAGAAGCGCCAACCAGGCGUCAAGCGUGCGUGCAACGAGUGUCGCCAGCAAAAGCUGCGCUGCGACGUCGUCCAGGAUCCCUUCCAGACCUGCUCGCGGUGUAACCGCCUCAAGCUAGAAUGCAAGAUCGAGUCCAACUUCAAGCGUGUGGGCAAGCGCUCCAAGCACGCAGAGAUGGAAAAGGAGAUUGACCGCUUGCGCCGCAACGUCGCCCGCGCUCGCUCCCAGGGCUACGUCCUCGACGAGGACGACGAGAUCGACUCCCCCGUCGCCCACAGCACCCCCGCGCCCUACACGCAUACCCGCAACCCGUCCCUCAUGGGCUCCGACGAGGCCGUCUCGUCGCUUCUUCACCUGAAGAGGGGAGGCUCCUAUAACGUGCAGCAGCACUACUCCCACGAGCUCGAGGGCGUGCGCCUCACCGACAACAACGUUACACAUCUCUUCAACGAGUUUUUCGCCUUUUAUCAUCCGUUUCUUCCGUUCCUCAGCCCUCAGCAGCCUCCGGAUCAGUACAAGCAACAGCAUCCUCUUUUAUUUUGGUCCAUAAUAGCCGUCGCCGCGCGCCGCUUCAGCCCGGCCGACUGCCCUAAUCUCCUCACGAACCUCUCCGGUCCCAUGACGCGGUUCCUUUGGACCACAAUCGGCGAGGUACCGAGCAACUAUCACGUCGUCAAGGCCAUGUGCCUUCUCUGCACCUGGCCGUUGCCCACGAGCACCACGACGUCAGAUCCAACGCAUAUCUUGUGCGGCGUCAUGAUGAAGACGGCUACUGGCAUCGGCCUGCACCGUCCCAACCACAUCCGGGACUUCUCGCGCGUCUCUGUCGAACUUAACAAGGAGCAGCUGCACGAUCGCGUGACCACCUGGGCCGUGUGCAAUAUUGUCGCGCAAAAUGUCGGAACCGGCUACGGCCAGCCCGCCUCAAGUCUGUACGACUGGACCCUCGCCCUUAGGCCGGGCGACGACCCUGCCCUGCACCUCUCCAGGGACUUGGAGGCGCGCCUGCAGAUCGAGCGAUUUUGCGACAAGGUCUCCAAGGAGAUGUACAGCAACGCCAGCGAUCCGCGCGGAGUCGCAGGAGACGAGCACCGAGCCAUGCUGAUGCGCGUCUACCGCCGCGACUAUGGCGAGAUGCAGGCCUCGGUUCUGUCCCAGCAAUUAGGUCCCAUUGUGAACCUGCACUUGCGGGCCGCGGCCUUGCAUAUGCGUCUGGCGGGAUUCUUCGACUCGAGCAAGACGCCCGGUUACAUGGACGAUUUGAUGGGUCUCUGGCGCGCGGCGACCAGCUUUCUCGACGAGCUCCUCGAGGUGGACAAGGUGACGUCUCCCCGCGAUGGCCUCGGCGGUACCAUCCUUCUCUACGCGACCAACUACCUGCAGCAGAUGCUGGUCGCGGCGGCCUUUACACUGCUCAAGCUCAUGAGGUCUUUCUUUUGCAAGACGAUUGACUUUGACCGGGGCCGCAGCCUUUUCCACCACUCCAUCCGAGCGAUUCGGGCAACGAGCGUGGUCAACAACGACCUGCAAUGGCGCCUAGCCGAGCUCAUGGUGCAGAUGUGGAACGGAGCUCGCCUCGACAGCCGGAACGCGGCCUGGAACCGCGAAGAUGACUCGGCAAUCCAGGUGGAUGAUAGCCUCCAACUCAAGGUCCGCUGUCGACACAGCAUGAGUCUGGUAUUCGACUCGGUAUGGCGAUGGCGCGAGGAGUAUCAAUCACAAGGCAGAGAUACUAAGCAACCGACGAAUCCCGACUCGGCCAACGAGUCCUCGGCGUCUUCGUCUCAACUUGAUAGCACGCUCAUGCCAUCGCACAUUCCGCCCACUUCCAACACGCUGCUGGGCACGAACGGAGCGCUGACGCCGAGCGCCGCCGCGCUCUCGGCGGCCGCCUCCGGCCCCAACAGCAUGAUCGGAGGCGGGAUGAGCUAUGGCGAGACGAAUUACGACUUCUUUGAUCCCCAGCAUUGGAUGCUGGAUGGGCUUCUUGACUUUAACUACUCGUUUGUGCCCCCGCUCGAAGGGGCGUAG